AGGAGGGGAACUUAAUUCACUGCUGUGUUUUCAGUCUCUCUGACGUCGCUGUGAAACCCUCUCGAGCUGCUGCUGCUGAGCACUGAAUGCUAUCAGGAGCGAGCAGGCAGCUGCCAAACCCACCGCUGUGUGUGUGAGCGUGUGUGUGUGAGCGUGUGUGUGUGUGAGUGUGUGUGUGUGUGUGUGUGUGUGUGUGUGUGUCAGUGUUGGAUAUGACUCGUCCGCUGGGGCAGCUUUUUGGUGUGGAGGACUCGGAGUGACAGUUGGGAAUAACCGGUUUCUCAUCCAGUCAGUGUGUCCUGUGAAGAUGAAGUGACACCACCAGGAUCUGAGCCACGAGAGCAUCACAGCUUGGAUGUUGCCAUCAGACGAAAGACAACACAAAAGAUGUCGGUGAAGCUGCGAUUCGACUCUCCCUCAGAUGGAAGUUUGGUCCACAGGAGCCGCUCGUUUACUGGGUUCAGCUCUCUGACUGGACGACGACGGCAGUCCUCUGUUCGUAACUCUCUCCGCACAAAGGCCACGACAGGAGGUAAAUCUCCCAGAAUGCAACUGCAUCCCAGCAGAGGGGGCGGGGCUAUCUGGUCCCUGCAGCCGGAGGAGGUCGACAGGGUUUUCCAGGCGCUACGCAAGGGACUCAAGGAUUACCUGGAGGGUCACCAGGCGGAGAUGGACUUCCUGUCUUCACAGCAGAGAGAGACCAAGAGAAACUCCAGACUGGCCUUUCUGUACGAUCUGGAGAAGGAGAUCAGAGCUUUGGAAAGAUACAUACGACGAUUAGAAUUUCAAAUCAGCAAGGUAGAGGAGCUGUAUGAGACGUAUUGUAUCCAGUGGAGGUUGUGCCAAGGAGCGGUCAACAUGAAGAGAGCUUUCUCACUGUCGCCGUCCACCAGAGCCUCCAGAGACAGUCUGCUGGAGCUCAGUCGCAACCACAGACACAGCCUGCAGGACAUGUCAGUUAUGGAGGGAGAGUUAGAAAUCCUCCUCGGAGAGCUACAUAUCAAAAUGAAAGGUCUGAUCGGCUUUGCUCGACUCUGCCCUGGAGACCAAUACGAGGUGGUGGUGCGGUUGGGCCGCCAGCGAUGGAGGAUCAGAGGGAGGAUCGAAUCAGACGACACGCAGGCCUGGGACGAAGAGGAGAUGGUCUUCCUGCCGCACAUACACCACAACUUUGAGAUCAAGGUGACGGAGGCGAAGGGUUUGGGUUGGCUGCUGGUUGGCAUGGUGACGUGUGCAAGCGCAGACUUCUUCGUGGCGAGGCCGCAGCUGAUGUUGGUGGACAUCACAGAGCUGGGAACCAUCAAACUGCAGCUGGAAGUCACCUGGAAUCCGUUCGACAGCGCUGAGAAGAUGAGGCCGCUGUCUGUCAGCAGGCAGUCGGUGUCCAGCAGGAAGAAUUCAGUUUACAGCUGGACGGCACCGAGCACCCCGUCCUUCACAGAGAAAUACUUCAUAUCCAUGAUGCGUGACCUGAAGGAUCGAGAGGGUUCCCUCCCGUCUCUGGUGUCUAAAAGUCGAAAUAACAGAGAAGGCGUGUCUUUACUCAGCUACCUGUCCAACCCUUCACACGACGCACCAAACCACAGCCCUCAAAGCCCCUACAGUCUCACGAGGACUCACAGUUAUCCCUCCAGUCACAGUCAAGGCACCAGUCUGGGAGGAAGCCAGACUCAGCUGUCCCUAGGGGAGGAAGGAUCCCUGGAGAUCUCUACAGAGGAGACAGAGAGGAGGAAGAGGAUGGAUGAGAAGGAUGGAGAGGAGGAGGAGUGGGGGACUGUGUUAGAUUCUCCCUCCACACCAGCAGAGAGUAAAACCGGCUCCCUGCUCGCUCUCCAGAGGUCAAGCACUCCUGACAUCUUAAGAAAGAACACAGCUGGAGAAGCCGACCCAGAGACACACAGUUCAGAGCUGGAACAGGACACUCUCAGUGCUCAGGACUCUCCAGAAUCUCAGUCAUAUUCUUCCCCUACCUCGCCCACACCCUCUGCUCAGCCCUCAGCCAUAACCCCGUCCUCACCCACCAACGUUGUUUCAGGGCGGCCGGGGGUGAGCGGUGCCCAGCGCAGAGCCCAGUCUGUCAGGCUGGGAGCCCUGAUCGCAGAGCUGGAGAAAAUGUUUCAGAACCAGAGCUGCUCUGAAAAGGAGCUGAGAGCCCUGGACCACCAGAUACUGCACCUGGCAACCAUAUUAAAGAACGACCUCUCCCUGCUGAGAAGCUCAUCAUCAGAGGAAACUCUGGCUGUGGAGGAAGUCCUGGGCAGCUUUGACUUCCUGUCACAUGACUUCAACGCAGAUGAUGACACUUCCUGUUUGGGCAGCCUGAGACUUAAAGACAGUGGCAUCGGUUCUUUGCAGCAGAGCGCUCUAAGGAGUCUCGGCCACCUCUCCCAGUACAGCCAGUCAACAUCUGAGGAGGAGUUGGUCAUCAGCCCUCUGACCUCUGGGAAUUGGGGUCUAGACCAGGCUCUUGAGACUCACCUGGAUAUAUGCUGCAUCCUGCUCCAGAUGAUAAAAACGACCGACUUCAGCCCGUCUAGGAGGGACCUGCUGGAGGAAAUGGCUCUCCAAGCAGACGUUCUAGACAGAAUCAGCUGUCUGCUGCUGGAAAAGAACGACAGUCACAGCAUCUCUGCUAGAGACAUCCUGCCUAAGGCCCAGAGAACAAGGGAUGUGCUGUUGUUCUGGGAGGAGUGUGUAAACGACAGCAGCGCUCCUUUCUGUUGCCUCUCUGACAGCUUCUCCAGGACAUUAAGGAAACGUUACACCCACAAGGUGAAGGCGAAGCAGCCCGGACAGUCAGAAAAAGUGUUUUCUCAGCUCCUGCAGCAGGUGCAGACGGCCUGUCGGAUGGUGCCCAGCUCUCGACUGGUCUGCAGUCCAGAGAGAGUCACCCUCUUCCAGCUGUCAGUGUAUCUGAAACGCUGGAGCAUCCAGGAGCUGGGAGAGCACAUCUUACGCCUCUCUAAAGAAGAGUACAUCCUGUCAGCCCUGAGGAGCCCCAAAAGGAGGCGGGCUCUAAAUAAGCUGAGGGGGCGCUGCAUUGCAGAGCUCCUCCCGCUGAGAUGCACGCUGCAGACUCUGGCCGCCCUGCAGGUCGACUCCAACCACAAAGUCUGCAAAGCUGCUGCCAACUGUCUCUGCAGAGCUGCAGGCUGCAAGCCUUUCAGGAGCAAGGCGCUAGUUUACUACACAGAGAGUUUGAAAAGCACUGAUGUACAGAUCCAACAAGGCUCCUGUCUGGCUCUUAAAUGCCUCAGGGCAACAGAGAGUGUGGACCACAUAGCAGAUUUGUGGAGAUCAGCAGAUGAAGAUGUGCUCAGCGCUGCCAGAGAAACUGUCCUCUCUUUUGGUAAAACGGGGCACCUGGCCUUCCAGAGGAUGGACCAGCUGUACGCCGAGAUGCAGGAGGAGGCGUACCAGAACCAAGAGACCGAGAUAACCUUUCUAUAGGAAACUAGUCUGAAUUUAAUUAGUUCUUUUAUUCUGAAGGGAUCCGACAUGAAGAGUGUGUGCAUCUCAAUGAUCUCGACAGUCAGGGUGAGAGACAACUCUUAAACAAAGUUUGUGUCUGAGUUGGAUAAAGUUUACGAGCAAUCACUGAAGAGGAAUGCCAGGAUGAUUUUUGUUUGAAGAAAUCUGGUGCCUUCAUGACAAAUACCAAAGAGACAAAUGCACGGGAAAAUCUAAAGAUGGAGGCUUUCUCUGGAUGGAUUGCUCACUCAAGUUUUUGCUCCAAAUCUCCAAUUUCCUUUAUCCUGUGACCAGAGAAGUGACAUUACUGGGACCAUGAAUGUAUCUGAUCAAAUAAGCAAAGUUUUGUAUAAAGAAGGAGUUCUGUUACCUAUUGCAGUACCACUAUUUAAUCUGCUAAAGAUGCCAGCUGUAAAACUAUCUCUGCUUUUUUUUUUUGUUGGGACUUGGACAUGGUUGUUGUUUUAUUGGAAAAGUACAUAGAAAUGUAUUACUAUAAUUUCAGAAAAUGUCACGCAUGUGUGAUUAAGAGAAAAAAUCCAAAUUAUCAUGUGAACAUAAACCUUAAGGGACCAAAUAAAUCCCUAAUAACAAAUAA